AUCAAUCGUGAGGAAGUGACGUUCUGACAGCGCACCGUCCACGUAGCGUUUUGAGUAUAUAGUUGUGCAUUGCUGUUCAGGAACAUCUGAGCAGUCAUCUGAAGCAACGUUUUGUGUGGUGUACUCGUAUAACGUGUAACUUUACCAAUCGCUAUGGAUCAAAUCAAGAAGCUCACUGAACCUGGCCGUCAGUUCGCCAAGGACAGCAUCCGACUUGUCAAAAGAUGUACCAAACCAGAUCGUAAAGAAUUUCAGAAAAUUGCUAUUGCUACUGCGAUUGGUUUCUGUAUAAUGGGCUUCAUAGGAUUCUUCGUUAAACUAAUCCAUAUCCCAAUCAACAAUAUCAUUGUAGGUUCAUAAUAUUAAUCUUGAUUCUCAUCAAUAUUAUUAAGGAAAUUAUUGAUAAUUAUUGAUAAGGUUCUGCAAGACUAUGUGCGUUAAUACUUGUCCCUUAAUCUUAUUUAUAAUAAAAAAAUGUAUUUGCUAUCUAUUGAAUUGCUUUUGUGAAUGAAGCAGGUAAGAAAUGUGUGCGUAAUAU